UAGAUCUAUAUAGUAGUGCUCUAGACUAUUUAAAUUGCAAGCACUCAUUUAUUUUUCCUGUAAUAGCGUAGAUCUAUAAACUGAAUUUAAAAUUUAUUCAAAAUUAAUCCACAGCCCACUUAAUCUAAAGACUGGAUCUACCCACUGACCUGAAUGGCCGAACCCCCUCCCCAGUCUGUGGCUCUUCUAUAUUGGUCUUGUCUUUGUCCAAUAAGGAUUGAAGCUACCUCCAAAGGUAUAUAUAGGAUUGAUUUGCUCAUUGAAAAAGGAGCAGAUGAGAAAGAAAAAGAAGUUGAUGAACAAAUUGAGGCUCUUAAAUGUUCACCUGACAUAAAGAUCAACCUGAAAUCAUGUGUCAAUUGGUUAGCUAAGUAUUUUGAAGGGGACUUCAGCUUUUUGAACAAAAAGGAAACAUUUCCUGUACUAGACAGAUCACACGAAGGCCAAUUUGCUAGUAAAGUUUGGAAAUGUCUUGAAAAAAUACUUCCUGGUGAAACUAUCUCUUAUGGUGAAGUAGCAACUCUUACUGGUAGUGAAGGAGCUGCUAGAGCAGUUGGGCAAGUCAUGAAAAAUAACAAACUUUCGCUGAUUCUUCCAUGCCACCGUGUCAUUCGUUCUGAUGGAUCACUCGGGCAUUACAGCAGUGGCGGGACAACUAUCAAACAAUGGUUGCUUCAGCAUGAGAGCAAUCAUUAACAAAUCAUGUAAUCAUUCCAUAAUAUUUUAAUAAAAAUUAUACAAAUGGAUCUACCAUUGACUUAAUCUGCUUGCUAACCGUCCUUUCCUGAAUCAUACAUGCAAUGUUUCCUAGUUCAUUAGUGAUUCAUUGGGUCAGCAACCGUCAGUAUAGUACAUUCACUAAACUGCUCACAAAUUACUUCUUGAAUAAUAUAAUCAGUCUAAAUCAAUUGCAAUUAAAAUGAUACAGCAAAAUGUUUAAAUUAUUAGCUGUAGCUUCAUCCAGUACUAGAAUUGGGUCCUUUCUCAGUAGAGCUCUUGCCAAUCAAAAGAGUUGUUAUUGCCCUAUACUGAAGUUACUACUGAUGAUUGACAAUAAACCUUCAUUUAGUCCUUUAAUUGCAGACUUCA